GUCUUCGACCGCAGAAUGGCAUAGAAUCCGUAUCAGAGCCGGCGUGAUUCCAACCGUGUGUCCGCUGAGCACGCCUAGCCCGCUGAACGGCACGAUGAAAGCAGCUGAUCGAACUGUCUAGCAUGCCCCUCUGCGUGCACUGCGGCACGAUCGCUACUUCACUGCAUGCGACGUACGGUCCUUCGAAUAUCGUCUGCACGGCGUGCUCCGAGUGUCAGCGCUCUGCAGACCCUUACCUCGAGCACGACUUUAUUCUUGUAAUUCUUGAUCUGAUACUCGUCAAGCCCCGCGCGUAUCGGCACCUGCUCUUCAAUGGCAAAGCGCAAGAUGAUGCCCAAAACUCGUCGCAUCCUCUUCGUCGUCAUGGAAUAUCUCACUGGUCCGCCCUUGCAAGGCGGCUCGCAGCCGUGCUACUGAUAGACGCUUAUAUACGGUGGUUUGCACUGUGCGCACAACCUGCGGCCGAAGGUACAGGUGCUCUGUCAUCUCAGCGUGGCACAACACCGCUGCUUGCCGUCGCUCGGACCUUUCUUCCACACAGCCCAUGGCUUUCCCUAUCCGAUUCGGUAUCCCUCUCGGACGUACGACCCAUCGUGGGCUCGUACUUGCUCGUUUUGUGUGCCACUGCAAUAGAUGUGUUGACUCUCCACAGCGUCACCUUCAUGCUUGUCAUUCUAUACCGCGGUGCUACAAGCUGCCUCAAGCGCCUAAGGUUUCGAUACGCAUCUCCAAGUCGCCUGCUUUCGAUGCCCAGCACACCGCCCAUCGAAGGACCCCCGCAAACGCCCAUCACGCCUACGAGCACGUCUUUUGCCUCUAGAAUGGAUAAUUUUAUCGUUGGAGACGGAGCAGAUGCACUCUUCGAAUCGCAUCUUGUUCCCUCUGCGCUCCUCCUCUCCAGCUUGACGCCACUCUUCCUCCUGCUACUCAACCUCUUGUGGGAGUCGAAAAUGCCACGUGCCGACAAGGCUGCCGCAACAGCCGAAAAUGCUUUGAGCGCCACACGGCACACAAUCCCACACCUAUCUGCGCCGACCUGGCGCGACUUUUCGUUCAGUGCGAAUGGUUCAUUCGCCUCUCACAUGGCCGUGAUACUAGAGCUGGGGGUGCAUUUGUAUCAGUCUAUGGUAGUAGAGAUUGAGCAGACGCUGCAGUUUUUCACGAUGGAAUGGGCCAUUCGGAACCUGAUCGGCGGUGUCAGCUCUGGCGUUGCGUUAGCUGUGCUCAUGCCCACGCAACCUCUUGCGACAGUGCUGUUUCUUAGCGCAGGUUGGUAUGCGCAAAUGCUCGUGCGGUUUCACUUGCAGUUCCCGCUAGCUGGAGCGGCGAGCGACAAUCGGCACGCGUGGUGCCCCGUAUGACAAUCAAAGUACGGCAAUCGUAAUGCAAACUGAAAGGUAGAUGCAUGACCUCAAGCAACGUACGAAUACAAGUCUUUCUGGCCUUCGGCCCUCUCUAGAUAUUCCUUGUCAAUCAGAUUGUCAAUCUCCUACAAUUUGUAAGAAGGGAGAAAGGUCAGAAUGGGAAGAGCUUGCUCAGAUCCG